AUGGAGAAGAACGAAGAGACCGAAACACUCGAUGAUCUCUUCAAGUUCGGCUUCGAAGCCAUAAAAGACCUUGAGCAGAUGGACGCGACGGAUGCAAAAUAUGCACAAACAGUAGCUGAAGCGAUCGAAAAGCUGGAGCAAUGCACAACCUUCGUGAAUCAAUUGAACUUGUUUAGCAUAAAUGAAAAAGUUGAAGAGAUUGCCACACCGGUCCUCAAGUUCCUUUUGCUGCCGGCGUUCUUGUCGACACUAGCGACUCGAAAACGUGACGACCGACUGCUCAUCCUCGAACAAAGCGAAAUAUACCUGGAAGAUUUCCUCAAGAGAUGCACAGAGUACGGAUUGACUUCAUGGACCGGGAGGAAGUCUGAUGACGGCGAGGGAAACAGAUCCCUCGAGCAGGCAGCGAGGGAUAGAAACUCGAAAAUCAACAGGUACAAAGAGGGGCAGAGACUCGAGAGUUUGCUGCUUGAGGUCGAGAAGAAGAUCGAAGUCGGUUCAGCGCAAGACGACGAAGUCCGCGACUAUUACCUUAAUCUCAUCCAGUUUUGGUGUAACAAAGCUGUCGAUGAUCUGGAUUUGGUGGAACACGAGAAGCAAAUUCUCAAGUUUAUGCGAUCGAAGCCUCAGGAAACGGAGGAGAAGGAGCCGGUGAAACGGAAACCAUUCAAACCGUUCAUAAUCACCAAGUCGGCGGAGCAAAAGAAGGUAUUCGGGGCUGGUUAUCCGUCGCUACCUAUACUCAGCGUCGACGAGUUCUACGAGCAGAAAUACGGCAAGGAUGGAAAGGGUGGAGCAGAGGGUAGCGGACAUUGCCCCGGUGGACAUAGUCUGCAGAAAUGGGCGGAGGAUCCCGAGGCAAACGAGAGAGCGUUGGACGGAGAAGCUGCGGAAAAAGAAGACAAAGUUACGAAUGACGACCCGGACGAGCUUGCCAGAAUGAGAUCGUGGGACGAUUGGAAGGACGAACAUCGGAGAGGGGAGGGGAACAGGAAGAAUAUGGGCUGACCCCCAUCCUCGAUUAUUUAUAGUUUCACGCUCCGAAUCGU